GGCAAAAACAAACGGAACCUGUGGGUUUUGCAUUCCAAAGCAGACAGAGGCAAAACCAUGGGCAGUUUUCUGCUGUCUUCUGCACAAACAAAACCUGCCAGACCAAAACUGGCUGCUCCGCCCUCUCUAUAUAGCUCAUACCGCUUCUCCAUUGAAUCUCUGUCACACAAUCUAGUACACCAACACCAGCACCAACCCCAACACCAAACCUCUCUCCCUUCUCUCACCUCUCUCUCUCUCUCUCUCUCUCUCUCUCUCUCUCUCUCUACAUUAUCUUCUGCUUCUGCCACACAUUUCUGCAAAAAGCUGACCAAUUACUCUCAUUCUUUUCCAUCCGUGGAGGUGCCUCUGGACAUGUUGAUGUAACAAGUCGGUUGCAAUCUCUCAGUUUCUGAAUAAGAGCAGUUUUGUAAGAGUUUGGGAUGGAAGCCAAUGGGUUGUUUUCUGGAAUGCUUGGCCUGGAAAUGCCUUUGCACCAAAACCCCCAAAACCCUCACCACCUUAUGCACCAACCCCAAAUGGUUGCCUAUGCCCCCCACCAUGACCCCGACAACCACCAAAACCCUCACCAAUCUGUGAAACAGAGGCACCCAUUUGCCCCCAAAUCCAAACAAAUUGCCCUCAGUGAUGAUGACGAACCCGGUUUCGGUGCUGAUGACAACAGCAAUGGGGAUAACAAGAAGAAGAUAUCGCCAUGGCAGAGAAUGAAGUGGACCGACACCAUGGUGAGUCUCCUGAUCAUGGCUGUGUUUUACAUUGGUGACGAGGCUUCUGAUGGCCCUGAUCCUACAGGCAAGAAGAAGCCUGCUGGUGGGUUGCUGCAGAAGAAAGGGAAGUGGAAAUCGGUGUCCCGAGCUAUGAUGGAGAAGGGUUUCUACGUGUCGCCACAGCAAUGUGAGGACAAGUUCAAUGAUUUGAAUAAGAGGUAUAAGAGGGUUAAUGAUAUUCUUGGAAAGGGGACAGCUUGCCGGGUUGUGGAGAAUCAGGGCUUGUUGGAAAAGAUGGAUUUGGCACCAAAGAUGAAGGAAGAAGUUCGUAAAUUGCUGAAUUCGAAGCACCUGUUUUUCAGAGAAAUGUGUGCUUAUCAUAAUAGUUGUGGUCAUGAAACUGUUGGUGGUCGGUCUAAUGGCGCGCAUAACUCCCCGCCACAGGUGGCCACAGAGCCGUCUGAGAUACAAGUGUGGCCGCAGCCGCACGAGCAGCUCCAGCAGCAGAGAUGCUUUCAUUCAUCAGAAAAUGCUCAAGCGGUUGCCAAUUCAGGAAGGUCAGAGACCAAGGGAUCCAAGGUAAUAAAAGGAGGAAGUGGCUGCGAGGACGAAGAUGAAGAAUUCGAGGAUGAUGAUUCGGAUGACGAGGUGGUUGGAGGUGGUUCUAGAGGUCACAUUGGGCAUGGAAAUCACGAAGACAACGAUGACAACGAUGACAACGAUGAAAGAGCUCCCCAGAAAGUGCCGAGAAAGGAAGGCUGUUUUUCGGGGUCAUCCUCAUCCACCCAUUUAAUGCAGCAAUUGGGCUGUGAGGUGAGGGUUGUGCUGCAAGAUGUGUCAAAGACCCCGUGGGAGAAGAAGCAGUGGUUGAAAACAAGGAUAAUAAAAUUGCAGGAACAGCAAGUGAGCUACCAACACCGAGCUUUCGAGCUCGAGAAGCAGAGGCUCAAGUGGAUCAAGUACAGUGGGAAGAAGGAAAGGUACAUGGAGAGACGCAAGCUUGAGAACGAGAGAAGGCGGCUUGAGAACGAGAGGAUGUUGUUGGUCGUCCGCGGGAAGGAGUUUGAUUUGCUGGAGCUUCAUCACCAGCAGCAGCAACAGAAUUCUUCAAACAAAAGAAGUGAUCCAUCUUCCCUCACUGGAUAGCUGUAAAUUUUAUAGGUUGGGAUCAGGUGGAUGAUAUUCUCAUUUUUGUUCUGAAGUUUUUUUUAUUUUGUUUUUAUUUUGUUUUUAUCUAUUUUAGAUACCGGGGGUUAUUUUUAUUUUCUUGUCAACAAUAUAUUUUAUUAGAUUAGAUGUUAGAUUAGCAGCCGACGGAGUUUGAACUCUA